AAUGCCUGUCACUUCCCAGGACGCUGGCAGCUGCAGCCCGGAGCCCCCGAGCCCUCGGCAGGUUUGCCUGUCCUUCCCCGCGAUCUGAUUGGAUAAAGUGGGGGCUCGACGGUGGCCGACGUGGGACAGUUUGGCUGUGGCAGGGGUCUCGGAAACCAUGGGUUAUUGCAGUGGCAGGUGCACGCUUAUCUUUAUCUGUGGCAUGCAACUGGUUUGUGUGCUGGAGAGGCAAAUAUUUGACUUCCUUGGAUAUCAGUGGGCACCUAUCCUGGCAAAUUUUGUACAUAUUAUUAUCGUCAUUCUUGGUUUAUUUGGAACUAUUCAAUAUAGACCUCGUUACAUAACAGGAUAUGCUGUCUGGCUAGUCCUCUGGGUUACGUGGAAUGUGUUUGUUAUCUGCUUCUAUUUGGAGGCUGGGGACCUCUCAAAGGAAACAGACCUUAUCCUGACUUUUAAUAUUUCAAUGCACCGAUCUUGGUGGAUGGAGAAUGGACCGGGAUGUACGGUGACAUCAGUGACACCUGCCCCAGACUGGGCCCCAGAAGACCAUCGCUACAUCACGGUCUCAGGGUGUUUUCUGGAGUACCAGUACAUAGAAGUGGCUCAUAGUUCCCUCCAGAUUGUCCUCGCACUGGCAGGGUUCAUCUACGCCUGUUAUGUUGUGAAAUGUAUAACUGAAGAAGAGGACAGCUUUGAUUUCAUAGGUGGCUUUGACUCUUAUGGCUAUCAGGGGCCUCAGAAGACAUCUCAUUUACAGCUACAGCCUAUGUACAUGUCGAAAUAAUACAAAUGGCUUCAGUAUAUCAGCUCCUGGACCGUUCAAAGAACUUGUUUCGCAGUGGCCUCCUGCAUUUUUUGAAGAGCAAGAAGCAACUAAGUUUAAAUAUAUAUACAUACUAACAAAACAUAAAGCCUCCACGUACACUGGGACCACACACACACACACACACAGACACACACACACAGGCACACACACACACAUGCGGGCACACAACCAAUUCUACUUGGCCUCCUCUUCCUAACUGAAACAGACAGAUAUGCAGGAUACGCCCAUCAUGGAUUUCCUGGAAGCAGGCUGCUUUCUCCCAGGCCUUUGGAAAGUUCAUAAGGAGACAUGCUGGUGCCCUCUGCUGGCCGUCACUAACUGCUCUGCAGCCCAGCCAGUCGGCCUCUGCCAGCUGCGAAGUCAUCCAGGGCACAUUAGCUUGAGAGCCCUGUCUUCUGCACUCCAUAUGUCUUGAUAGCACCACGGCUAUGUAGGCAAUGUAAUUGCAAAAAACAAACAAACGAAACAUGCCAUGACGACCCUGUAAGUGAAGUCUGAAAUGGCAGGUUGUUUGCCCUAAAGGCUGUACCGUACAUACUUGCCUUAACCCACCUAAGUUGUGCGCCUGAGAAUCUCAGUGCAGACACCCCCAAGUCACUUCCUUUAGGCUAACACACUGCUAUUAAUUUCAAAUGAGUUCAAGUCUGUGUGUGUCAUGUCAAGAAACAAGACUGCAUAGCUCAGCAACUGCAGUGUGUCUGUGUACAAAAACUGCCAGCUGUCAGCAAAGUGCUUUUACCAUUGAGCCUCCAUGGUGGCCAAAAAAAGACAAGUAAUAAUAACAAAGUAAUAAUCGUCAUCUUUAUAAUUCUUCAAUAAGGUCUUCUGAGGGGGUUGGGUGGGACAAAGUGGAACGUAUCAAUCUACUAAACUCAUUAAUCUACUGGAAGCAGAGAACAGAAAUGGCUUAACUCACUGAUUUUAUUUAUUGCACUCUAGGUGCUUUUAUAAGUAUCUACAAAUGUCUUUUACUAACACAGAAACAGCUGUGGAUUUCUAUCA